CGCGAGGAGCAGGUUUAGUAACAGUGCCUUGUCUUAAAGCAACAACCAAGGUUGAGUGAGGUUGGAAGCAGGGAGCAGCAGGACUUAAGGCCUGGAUUUGGCGGCCCGAAGGAAGGAGCAGCGUGGCAUCCCUCUCCUCCUCUCAUGUCCCCUCCCUGUGUGUCCUUGCAUGUCAGUGCCCCCUCGUCAUCCCCCCUGUGUCUCACCCCGCCAGCCCUCUGUGUUCCUCCCCCUCAUGCUUGGGACAGACUGGACUCACUGUCAGACCAAUGACUGCUUGGAUUAUACUGCCUGUCAGCCUGGCUGCCUUCUCUAUCACUGGAAUAUGGAUAGUAUAUGCUAUGGCUGUGAUGAACCACCAUGUUUGUCCUGUCGAAAACUGGUCCUACAAUGUAACAUGCACAGAGGAAACAGCCAAGCCGGGCUUCCCAAAAAUGUGUUGCACCAUUCAAGAUAUCCCCCUCAUCAGUAAAUGUGGAUCUUACCCUCCCGAGAGCUGUCUGUUCAGUCUCAUUGGUAAUGUGGGAGCUUUCAUGGUGGUGUUAGUUUGUCUACUACGGUAUGCUCAGAUCAUCGAGCACAGGAAUCACUGCUGGCUCAACACCAGUGGACUCGUGUCUGGAUGCACCAAUGCUGUGGGUCUGGUCAUGGUGGGCAACUUCCAGGUGGACCACGCUAAAACACUUCACUAUGUAGGUGCGGGCGCUGCCUUCCCAGCAGGGAUUCUCUUCGUGUGUUUGCAGUGUUUGCUGACCUACCGGGUGGCUGUCACCGCUCUGGAUUACUGGAUGGCUCACGUGCGUGUGGCUCUGGCUACCGGUGCUCUCAUCGCACUGGUUCUCAGUGGGAUAUUUUUCAUUCACGAGAGCUUCGUUUUACAACACGCAGCAGCUAUCUGUGAGUGGGUCUUCACUGUAGUCAUCCUCGUGUUCUACGGGACUUUCACCUACGAGUUCGGCACCGUCACGACCGAGACUAUGUUGGCUGGCCUCCAGCGGAACCUCACACACGGGCCCGGUGUCAUGAUCGGAGAUGACGUUCAAGUAGACACCCUGGGAGGUGCCUCCACAAAGGGGUUGAAAUCUCCAGGAGGAAGCAGCACUUCCACCCAUCUGAACUGCACUCCUGAGAACAUCGCAAUGCUUUAAACAUCAGCACACACAAAGUCACAUACUGCCAGGUGGGAAGCCUCACGAUGGUUGCACCCUACGUUUAAGGAACCGUCCAGUCUAAGUCGAGGCAGGUUAAGAGUUGAUUGGGUUUACACGUGUGACUGUUGAAUACUACCAUUUCAGAUUUUAAGUUUCGUCUUAUACAUUUGCCUUUUCCGUCCUGUUUUGCCUUGCGAGAAGCUUUUGUUGGGUUGUUCGUGGAUGAGGAGGAUAAAGAGCACUCCACUUUAAGGUUGUCGUUAGCACAGAUCGAGUGGUGUGUGAGGUUGCUGUUUCUUGAACUAUUGCACUGGGCAAUGGGGUAAAUUUUUACUGUCACGUUUGCACAAAUGUUUCAGGGGUAUCUCUUUAGUGCUUGCUACUGUUUGCCCACCCUUACUAUUGCAAAUGGAUGAUUUGCACGUAACACAAUGAAUGAACUUGUAGUUUUAAGUUCUUUUCACUUUUAUUUGGAAUUGCAGACUAUCAGGAUCCAAGCAUUAUAUCAUUUUUGAAACGUGAAUGUCUAAGAUACGGAUCGAACUAUAGCCUUUGAGCACCUAUUAUUUUAAAAAUUAGUAGAAAAAUACAUUUUAAUUGAAAUCUAAUUUAUACAAUUAAGUAGUAUUCACCCAUUUUUGUAAUAGUGGCCUUUUUAAUGAUGCAGUUGGUAAGAUAAAUGUUUCGUCAUGCUGGCUUGCUUCAGUAUGGAAGCCCGUUUCCAACCCAAAUUUAAAAAAAAGGGUUAUUGCGAUUUUUUUUUUUUUUUUUUUUUUUUUUUUUUUUUUUUUUUCUUCUCCUCACAAUCUUUUUUUCUCAAUUGUGAGAUAUAAAGUCAGAAUUGCAUCAGAUAUCUCGCAGCUAUUAGAAAAAAAGUCUUAUUUGCAAGUUUAAAUCUCGCAAUUCUGGCUUUAUAACUUGCGAUUUAUGAGUUUAUGUCACAGUUCUGACUUUUUAACUCUCAAUUGCGAGUUUAUAUCAGUUCUUAGAAAAGAGUUUCUUGUAUUUCUGACUUUAGAACUUGCCAAAAAAAAGUCCGAUUUGUAAGUUUGUUUUGCAAUUCUGACUUUGUAACUUGCAAUUACAAGUUUAUAUCACACAGUUCUGAGAAAAAAAGUCAGAUUUGCGAGUUUAUAUCUCGCAAUUCUGACUUUAUAACUUGCAAAUACACAACUGCGUUUAGUUUUUCCACAAUUCUUAGAAAAAAAAUCAAUUGCGAGUUUCUUGCAAUUCUGAGGAAAGUCAGAUUUGCAAGUUUAUAUCUCGUAUUUCUGAUUAUAACUUGCAAUUACGAGUUUGUCACAAUUUUGACUUUAUAGCUCACAAUUGCAAGUUUAUAUCAUAAUUUUUAUUAUUAUUAUUUAUUUUUUUUGUUUUAGAAAUUAAGAAUUUUUUGUGAUUGUGAUUUUCUCACAAUUAUGACUAUAACUUGCAAUUGCAAGUAACAUGCAAUUCUGAGGAAAAAAAAAGUCAGAUUUGCGAGUUUGUAUCAUGCAAUUGUGAGAAAAAAAGUCCGAAUUGUGAGAUAAAUAGUCGCAAUUACCUUUAUUUUUUAUUCAGUGGUGGAAACAGGCUUCCAUACUUCUGUCCUGUUUCAUUCUUGUUUAUAUUUUUGGCCGAGGUGGGUUUUGUUUAUCGUUUUGAGCAGGAGAAAGUGAUGUAAGGUGACACCAGCUUUAACCUUGCCUUCCUGGUCAGUUGCUAAGUUGUACAAGAAGUAUUCACAUUGACUGUACCUGUACCUUUUAUAUAUAUUUUUUAAAAUCGUUUAUUUUUUUUUAUUUUUUUUAUGGGCCGUAAAAAAACACUCCAAAAAUGCCACAACCAUUCAACAUUUUACAUUGUGAUUUUUUUACUUACAUAUCUUUGAUUGUGUAGAUUUGUGAAUCAUAGGGACAUAAAUCAAACUGGUGUGAAAAGUGGUAUUUUUUACAUACUCAGCACAUCAGUUUUUGUUUUUCUCUGUUGCCAAAGGAUGCAUUUCAUUUUGCUAAACAUGUACUGUAUGCCUUUGAUUCAUCAGUUUUCUUUGUUUUGUUUUUUUUUUGUGUAGCAAGACACAUAGCCACUAAGAAAAUGACAGUACCGCAAUAUUAACAAAUUCUGAAACGAUUAUUUGAAUGAAACUGAUUGGUCUCCAGGCUGGAACCUAGGAAACCGCAUUUAAACUUUAUGAGUGUUGAGUGGUUAAGGUGGCCUUAAUGUUGCUGUAGUAUUUAUAUGAUGUUUCUAAUUCAGGCUGUCAGUUAAAUGGUCCAUAUUUAACUUGCUUUACCAUUUACAUUUCACACAGAAAUGUGCCAGUUGUUGUCUCUGUUUUCUGCCCUUCAAUGGGACAGUUACGUUUCAUGCCAAUGAUAAGACUGUAAAUUUAGAUGGGGUCUCUAGGCAUCAUACAUGUUUAUCUCUGUUGACUCCUCUAUUAUUAGAGAGCUAUUUGAAAUAUUGUUUCCUCUUCUCAUGCAAAGGAAUAUUCACAGGGCUGCACUGCACAACAGAAACCAUCCGUUUAUUUUUUUAUUGCUACCUCCACAAUUUAUUAGCGUCUCUUUACAAAACAUAUUCUUUUGCAUAGCGAGUCAAACUCAACGGGUCAAACAAAUACAAAAGGGCAUCUUGGGUAAUAUAAAGCAUGUGCAUAUGAACAUAAAGUCAUGUUGAUGUCAUUUCUUAUUAAUUGCCUUUUUUGCCAUAUCCCAGCAACAUUCGGUAUGAAUGACAUAAUAUAGUGCAUAUUAUAUUAUCUGAAUAAUAGAUCAGUCAUUCAUAGGUCACCUAAGAACAAAAGUUUGGGCAAGGAUUGUUUAUUGAUUAUUUCUUAGUUAUGUUACAGUUUGGAAAACUGUCAUAUAUUUUCAUUUAAUUUUGUUGCCAACUUUUGCAAUGUAUUUGUGCUUGUAAGACAAUGUUGUGAGAGCCUACACAUAUUGUGUCCUUAUAUACAAGAUUGAGGAUCCCCACACUUUGAAAACAGGACUAUCUGAAUCUCUUCACAUGAAAAUGAUUCAAAUAUAAUGUGUUUUUGGUUGAUGAUGUUUCUUUCUUGAUGUUACAUGACUUUCAGCUGUUGUCUGGAUAGAAGUUAUUUUUCUGAUGCCUUUAAAUGAUGUAAUCAAAGUAUUUUUUAUCAACACAUCACGUCUGUUAAGAACACAGCAAAGACGUGAGGUUCACACUCCAAAAUCAAAAUAAAAACAAUGCAGAGAAUAUUUUUAUUUUAUAAAUUACUUAUGUAAAUAAGUAAGAUUUAUGUAUAAUUUCAAUGAUUUUCUUUGACAAGAGAUUUAUAUUGAACUACCAAAACAUUGGAUGGAAAAUAAACAAGUGUAUCUGUA